AUGAAUAAUCUGAGCGACACCCUCCAAUUCGAAUUCCAAGAUUUUGCCGGCCACCAACCCCAAGGGCUGCCGCAGUUGAUACAUCAAAAUGACCCCGAGGCGAUGGAUCACUCUGGCUUGGAGAAUAAUAAUGGAGGUGGUAUGAGCCAUGACACGACAAUGCAAGAGCACAUGCCAUCAAUGACCACGGCUGCGAGCCACCCCGCCAUACUUGGGACGUCCCUUGGUCACGAGCAAUCUUCCGAUGAAAGCCUACUCGAGCUAGAUGCGCAAAUCCAGUAUCUGCAACAGCAAAAACAACGGAGGCAACAGCAGCAACGGCAGCUGCAGGAUCAACAGCUUAAUUUCUAUGUUCAGAAUGGGGUUAUACCACCAACUCCCAACAGUAUUGAGCUACACUCAGGAAGCUCUCAUUUCUACCCUCAUACCGACCCUGCCCAGCAAGCUGUUUUCGAGAGGUAUCGAAUGCAGAUGAAAGAGCAAGAGAUGGCUUUUACUCCACUCGCAUCUCCUGCAGUCACCCCUCUCGAAGCCCACUUCAACAUACCUGAAUAUACGGUGCCAGGAGCCUAUUUCAGCCCCCUAAGCUCUCCAGCUCUUCGUGCACAAAACGGGCAGCAAUCCACCGUAUUUGAUCAACGCCAUUCUAGCACAACAAAUUCUCCGGCCGAUAUGAACAUGGAUUCUCUAUCGCUUCCUACAAGCUCUGGUACCCUUUCGAAAAAGACGGGCAAGAAACCAGCCGCCAAACCCCGGGCUGCCCGUGCAAUACGACAAUCGCCGAUUGUUAAGCCAAAAAGAACUAGGAAGGGCUCCAUAGCCACCCAAGCUCUGGGAGACAUUAUAGAACCAUCGUCUUCUCAGGUCACUACUCGACCCAAGCAGCCAAGCUCCCAAUCUGGACCUAGCACUGAAGAAUCUGAGAACGGGUCAAUAUCCCCUGAACAUCUCUCAGAUAUGGGGCCUCCGCCCGUGCCUACUCCGGGCUCAGCAUCACGCUCUCCUUUUAUUACUGCCCAGAAGGAAGAUCCAAGGAAUCAACGCGGCAUUCUCGGAUCCCCUGCAACUCCUGCUUCGCUAAUGAGACUCCCGCAAUCGCCCCAGAUCAAUCAGCCGCUAAGUAAUUUGUCGAUGGACGGCGAUGAUCAGGGUAUGGAUGGUUUCCUGCUUCCCGAAGCAGCAAGUUCUACCAGACCACAACUUUCGCGUCUUGAUACUCAAUCUGAUGGUCAAGUCACUCCAACCAUGAGCUCUACUGGGGCGAAAACACCCGCACCAGCACCUCAAACCUUACCCUCCCCAGCUCUUACACGGCCGAGGGCUGCGGUGUCUGCCAGCCAAAGUCCCCAGAUUGACGCCAUGAAUGGGUCGAAUACGAUAAGUGGAGGUGUUCGGAAGGCAUCUCAGUCGGCAGGUCGCAGUGCUAAGAAACGAGCCAGCAGCUCUGUCCUCGCGUCCCCGGCUCUCUUACCAAGAAUAUCGCCAAGUAUAAAACCUUUAAUUCCAGGGAGUGGCUCAGUGUCAGACGAUACUGCCUCGCUGUUAUUGGCAUCGAAGUCAAAUUACCAGAACCUUCUCGAAGGUAACCACUUGCCAGGAGUCAUGUACCCCUCGGAGCUGUCAACAAACCUGACCUCGAAACGCACCUCUCACAAAAUUGCUGAGCAAGGCCGUCGGAACCGCAUUAAUUUAGCACUCCAAGAAAUUGCUACAUUAUUACCGCGAAGUACGAAAGAUAGCUCUGGAGAUAAGAGCGGAAGCGGCGAUGCGGGAGAGACUAAUGAGACGGAAGCAAACGCCAAGGCAGGCGCUCAGAGUGCGAACAGUAAAGCCAGUACCGUGGAGCAUGCGAUCGAAUAUAUUCAGCAAUUGAAGAAGGAUCUUGCUGAUGCAAAUAAGAGGGCCGAGGAGGCUGAAAAACGCUUGAAUGGGACACAUGAAGCAAAAGAGUGA